ACGAGCAACUUUUCAACAGGUGAAGCUAUUGUAAAUGAGUUUGUUAAAGUUCGUUAUCCUACAACGAGUAUGCAUUUUGAGAGAAGUUCACGAUAGAAUGAUGUGUGUGAACAGUCAAUGUAAAUCCAAUUAACAACGUCAGGCAUCUAUUGUUUUGCUAGCGUACCUCUUUUAAUUAGAAAUUUAUAAUGUCUCAAACACAGACUACGAAUGCAAUAACUGCUCUGAGCAGAACUAUUUCUGAGCACGAACCUCCGAUGUGUUUGGUGGAUUCAUCCUCACCGACAAUGCCUUCUCAAGAUUUGGACUCCAAUGAAUAUACAGAAAAAGCUGUGAUACAUAUUCAACCACAGAACAAAAAUGGAACCAUAAGACGUCCUCCGCCAAUACCUAUCACGGGAUGGCAAAGUUUGGAUGUAAGAGAACUGAAUCCUAGAUGGGGCCUCCAGCUACUCUCCAAUAAGCAGCAAGUACUCAUUCAGCAGACUGUGGAAAUGGAUCCACUGCUAACAUCGAUCGAAUCGGAGAACCGGUAUGCAGUGAAGGUACCACAAGGAGAAACCUUAUUUGUGGGAGCAGAGAGCUCAGCCGGAUGGCAGAGAAUGCUGUGCGGUUCAUCGAGGGCUUUCACCAUGCAUCUCAUAGAUAUAACAAACCAGGAGGCACUCAUGAUGGUCAGGAGGCUGGCUCCAUCAGUCGGCUGUUUUGUGCAAAAGAUAGACGUUUACUUGCCGUCAGGAGUUUUUAUUGGUUGUAUUCGGCAGAAGCCAACUGUUUUGAUACCAUAUUUUACAAUUGAAAACUCGAGUGGCAAUAUACUUUUCACGAUGGAAGGACCUAAGUGUUGCUCAUGUACCAUGUACACGGAUGCUAAUUUCCAGAUAAAGGAAGUUAAUGCAAGCGAAGCAGUUGGAAGUAUAUUUCAUCGCUGGGAAAAUCUGGCUGGAAGUUAUGGAUUGCUUAUAACUUUUCCAGCGAGGAACACAGAUCCUAGAACCAAAGCUUUAAUAAUGGCUGCUGCAUUUUUAUUGGAAUACAUGUUCUUUGAAGCUCAGAAAAGACCAAAAUGCAGCUGCUUCAAAUGAAAAUAACGGACUAAAAUAGUGGGAAUAGUACUAAAAGGCGACUGAAUAAUUCAAGAGGAUGGAGUGCAGUAUCAAAUGAACCGCCAACCCGCUUUCCAAUUUUAUAAAUGAGUUAUUUCAUGUCGAGUUCAAGCUUUCACAGAAACAAAAAAUUGUUCACUAUAAGAGGAAUUUAAAAUGUGUUCGAUGAUCUGUCUCAAUGACCAAGGAAAAUAAACUAUUCGAUAUGUAAAAGAUUUAUAUAUUUUUAAAAAAUAUAAAAAAUUAUAACAAA